AUGGAUGCAACUAAUAAUCUUGUCGUAAAAACCGGAUGGCUCACCAAACAAGGCGGCUUCAUAAAAUCCUGGAGAAAGAGAUGGUUUGUUUUAUUAGGACGAACUCUCUAUUAUUAUACUGAACCUGGUAAAAAAGAGUCAGGCCGUAUUUUCGUAGAUCAAGCCACAGCAGUAGAAAAAGCCCCAGAAGUUUCCCGUCAACCAGCAUUCAAAAUUGUCGUUCCAAGACAGAGAACUUAUUAUAUUGUUGGCGACAAACAAGAAGAAGUUGAUGAAUGGAUAUCGACGCUACAGAUUGCCAUGAAAGGUGCUAAACCACCGGACCCAACUCAUAUUAGUGAAGAUGAUUUCCAAAUUUUGAGCGUUCUUGGCAGAGGUACCUAUGGCAAAGUUCAGCUUGUCAAGUACAAGAAGACCGGUCAGAUUUUCGCCAUGAAAUCCAUGUCAAAGAGACUUCUUGAAGAAUUCGAUCAAAUCGAACAAAUUUUAACAGAAAAGAACGUCCUUCUCAAAUCUACAUUCCCAUUCCUCGUUUCAGCCCACUUUACAUUCCAAAACGAAGACAAGAUCUUCAUGGUUAUCGAUUACGUUCCUGGCGGCGAAUUAUUCUCCCGCCUUAAAGAAGAGCAGAAGUUCAGCGAGAAUCGCGCCAGGCUUUACGCUGCUGAAAUUGCCCUUGGUCUUGGACAUCUCCAUAGCCUCGGAUUCGUUUAUCGCGAUCUUAAGCCAGAAAAUAUUUUGGUGGAUGAAAACGGUCAUCUUAAAAUCACAGAUUUCGGUCUUGCAAAGGGCAAGAUGGGAACAAACACAACUACAUCAACGUUCUGCGGCACUCCGGAGUAUAUUGCUCCAGAAAUUCUUCAACAAUUUCCAUAUACAAAAGCCGUUGACUGGUGGAGCUUCGGCAUUCUCCUCUUCGAGAUGCUCACAGGUCUCCCGCCUUUCUACGACGAAAACAUGACAAAGAUGUAUCGUUCAAUUAUUAACGACCCAAUUUCAUAUCCGCCAUAUCUUUCACCAAACGCAUGCAGCUUACUCUCAAAGCUUCUCGAAAGAGAUCCAAAUCUACGUCUCGGAGGUGGAGAUAGAGAUUUUGAGGAGAUUAAGGAACAUCCAUUCUUCGCAUCACUCGACUGGGACGACGUAAUUGCUAGAAAGACUACACCAGAGUGGAUUCCACCGCUUACAUCCGUUUCCGACGUUUCUCAUUUCGAUCAACAAUUUACUACAGAAAGUAUCGCUGCUUCUAUUGAAACAGGACCAUCCCUCAGUAAUGAAACACAGAAAGUUUUCGUUGGAUUUACAUGCGUUGAUGAAUCUAAAUUAUCAUUGCAAUAA